AACAAAAACGAAAGUCUGCCAGCCCACCAAAAAUAACUAAGUUCUUCUUCGGCGCUUGUAGUCUGGUCAAAGAUUAUCUCAGAUGUAAGAGCACACCUGUAAAUUCUCACUCCUCGCCCAGUCGAUUUAAUUUUAAUACCUUAUCCAUCACUUGGCGAUUGGCAAAGUUCCGACCAUCAAGAUAAGAAAUCAGUUUUGCCGUGUGAGACUUUAAUGCAACUGGUGCUUGCCAGUGCGUCUUCGGAUUCUGGAAAUAAAAUGCAGACUUACCAUGACGAGAUACACUAACGACACCUCGGAGGAACGCGUUGUGUUACAUCAUCCUAUUAACUGACCCUCCCGGCAUGGUGAGGACAGCGACCACGUGACACCUCACUGCUCUCAGUUGCAGUUUUCCACUUUUCCUCCCUCUACAGCAAAUGAGGAAAUCACCUUUUCACACCAGCCACCCUCGCUGUAUGUGCGACAAGUGCGGAGGUCAGAGGACAGGCAAGUUUUAUGGACCACGAGUUCGGAGGAGUACAAGGGGGGAGGGGACGGCAUCGCACAUAAAACAGACAAUGGAGUGUUGAUGACUACUUCUCACUCCACCUCCGAAACUGUGCAUCAAUGUUUAAAUCUCAUUACACUUGGCAAGGAUGUCAACGGCGUAGGAAGAAACGAAAGGAGAAAAGGAAGAUGACAUUUAUGAAAUAGUUUACAGUCGCAUGAAACGAAGCAAAGGGAAGUUGUUACAAGCGACUUGUUCUCGGUAACUUUGAAGGGUUUGCAUGGCUUCAAGGAGACUGAGGAGGAGUCUUCACCUGGAGAGUUGUGUCUCCGGUCAGAGUUCACAGUGAGUGUCGCAGACUGGUGCCGGAGGAUGGAGCAUCGUGGGCCACAGAACGGCAACCUGUUGAGGUUGGUGUUGGAGAGGGGAGCGAGACAGAAGAUGGCCGGCAGACACAUUGCCAUUCCCACCUGGCUUGAGGCCCUUGGUCUGCAAGCUUACCUACCUUUGUUCGGCAGCUACGGCGGUGUUGAAGACCUUCUUUAUGCAUCUGAAGCUGAGAUAAAGGAUCUGGGGCUGAAGAAUGGAGCACACCGGGCAAAGAUUGUUUCCAGCUUACGGAUUCUUAGGGAAAAAUAUGAGAAAGGAAAACCAACUGGCAGUGGUGUGUUUUCCUUGCAACAGCAAAAUAGUUCACACCUGUCCAGUAACUUGCCAUCCUACCAAGACUUUCCAGCAGUGAUAGCCUCCCCUGAAAAACUCCAACAGGACUUACAACAUGAACUGAAUGCUGACCCUUCAGAACUUAAGUCUCGAGCAUGGUAUCAUGGCAACAUAUCCCGUCAGCGAGCUGAAGCUCUUGUGGUAAACAGCGGUGAUUUUCUGGUGAGAGACAGUAUCUCCAAACCUGGAGACUUUGUGUUGACAUGUUCUUGGCGUGGAGUAGCUCUUCACUUCAUGGUCAAUGCUAUUGUGGGGGACUGCGCUCCAGGUAGCUUACCCAGCAUAUCCUACCAGUUUGAAGCCGAUUCAUUCAGCAGCAUUCAGGAUCUAAUUCAGUUUUACCUAAGCCGGCAGAAACCAGUGACUCUGGCCUCUGGUGCAGUGUUGCAGAACCCAAUUGCUCGGUCUAUGCCACUGAGCUACUACGAUUCAAAAUACGGAUCAUUAUUUAGUUUGGACACCAGUGGCCAUUAUACACCCAGUCAAAGUCCCAAGCCUAGCCCUUUUACCUCACCUUUGACCAGUCCUAAAUCAAGCCCCUCAAUGAAUCGGCGAGGUCUCAAGUGGACAGGAAGCCAGCCUCAUUUAAACAUUGAUGACGUGGAGAUGGAUCGCAGUCGAUCACCAUCACUGGAUAGAUGUGGCAGUUUGCCUGUCAUUAACAUCAUCCCACCAGGUGGCCCUGGCCGUGAAAGUUCUCCAUCACCUGUGACCUCUCCACCUCCUGUUGUUAGCCACCAGCGGGCUGGGAGUGCUCCUGUGUUAAAUGACGACUCUGUGCAUGACAGUGGUGGAGGAAAGGCUAACUUGUCUUACACUCAGUCUUGCAGAAUGACUCCAGCAGGCUCAGAAAGCAACCUAACCAAAACUCCACCUCCCAAACCAAGUCGCAUUCCCUCCAUUAAGUAUAAGAAGCGACCAGUUAUAGUGGUGCGAAAUAAGGAACUGUAUGAGGAUGAUGGCAGAGACUAUUCAGACUUGCGACAGGUCACAGAGGAACCAAGUUGGCUGCAGAGUCACAGUCAAUCAGGUCUGAGGAUCCCAGUUCCUCAGAGUCCAGGAGUCAUGAAGAGCCACUCUUUCCAAGGCAGCAAAGACAGUGAUAUCAAUUGCAACAACAUCAGCAAAAAUUUUUACACUUUACCCAGCAAAUCAAAGCAGACAAAGCAUUCACUAGCACGACAGUUGUCUGAUUCAAAGCAUCCAUCUUAUGUCAGCAGUGAUGGCAAAGGUUCUCUGUACAACAUUAUAGAUGAUAGAAGUGUUGAUAAUAUGUACCAGCUUGGUUACCUCUGCAAUCAUAAAAUAACUAUGCCAGGCCACAACCUGGGCUCCAGAAUCAGCCUGACAGGUUAUAAGUCUGGUAUUCUGCCAGCAGAAAGCAGACUUCUGGAGCCAACAGCUAUAGUAAAGACAAAAUCACUUCUGCUGUCAAGCAAUGCAAAAGCUAUAGCUGGUCAUCUGACCAAAGUAGACUUUGACAUUCUGAGAGUUCUUGAUGAGGAUGAUUUUGGUGUUGGAGUAACAUCUGGAUUAGAGUUACUUACCCUACCACAAGGAGAACAACUACGCAGUGAUAUUAUUGAAAGGUGGGAAUGCUUAAAAUUGUUUGUCAUGACAACCAUCAUGACAUGCAAUUCAGUGUCGGAGCGGGCACACAUGCUGAGUCAGUGGAUACAGACAGCAGGUGAACUAUGGAGCACUAAAGGCAACAUGUUCACCUUUUCUUCUGUCAUGGAAGCUCUCUCAUCUCCACAGGUUCACAGGCUGCGAGACACUUGGCUUAUUCUACGACAGAACCACACCACCAGUGCAUACCUCUUUGAUACAAAACUUCGUCCACUUCUCAAGUUGCUGAAUGAGGGCAACAGAACUCUUCCAUUGCAGAAUGUGUGUAUCCCUAAUGUUAAUCCAGUUGCCCAGUUGCUCCAUCGAGACAUUGACAUGUGCUCCUCCUUGAUGACCUGGGAGGCAUGUGAUCGUAUCUUUGGUCUUGAUUUACUUCUCUCACAUCUGGACAUUGGGCGGACCAUUGCAUCACAGAGUUACAUGUGCAGAGUGGCAGGAAAUGCAAUUAUGUCUGAAGUGAAGUUGGAGAAUGAUCUGGAAGAGGUGAUGAAGACUGAGUUCCAUUUGAGGCUCAUGUGGGGCUCCAAAGGAGCAGGGGCUCCUCGUGAAGAGCGCCUGAAAAAGUUUGAACAGUUGCUGAUGGUACUGUCAGAAAAACUGGAGAAACCUGAUGACCAUGGUACUGAAGUGUAGUAGACACACCAGAAAUGUAUGCUGAUGACAUUGUAUAUGGCAGGUGUGCAUUACAAACAUUAAUAUUGGAUAUCCAUUCAUGAAUGUACACACAUAACAGUUUGUAUCAAACAGAUUGCAGCAACUAUCAUGCUACGCAUGUUAGCUAAAUAUGUGCCUUCAUUCUGGAACAGUAUAUUUUUCAUGUGGUGGUAUAUCUGCAUUCAAGGAGGCUGAGUCAUCAUUGUGGUCUUACAGAAUUGAACAUCAGCAAACCUGUAGUACAAACUUACUCCACAACCUGGUUUGAAGGUGAAUAACAAAUGAUAGGGAGGGGAUGGCAGCUGGUAUCAAAGAAUUAGGUUUAUGCCUGUUUAACAUGGAGUUAUAGAUUCUAAAUUAGUGGAGUUUAACAUUAUUGCCUAGAUUGUAUGUGGACAGUAUCAAUAGGGUUUGAAUAUAGAUUGAUACAGAUGUAUAUUACAAGAAACCAAGGAAUAUGAUCUCAUGAAAAACCACACAGGUUUGUACAUCUUAAGGAGUGUCAUGAACUCAAAGGAGACUGCCAAAGAUAAAUUAAGCUGUCAGGUCAGCAUGUAAUGCGUGUUAAGAGUAGACCAUUCAAAAGUGGUCAAAGAAUCCAUGGUAUUUUUUGACAAGAAAUGCUGCCUCACCUUUGAUGAUGUUGUUUUGGGCUACAUGGAACCUGGAGGCGUUUGGGAACAUUUUGUGGGAAAGUUUGUUUAGGCUGGGACUUUAUAAAUUGAUUCUGUCUUUUUCUGUGAAAUAUUUAUGAUCAGACAUGUUGCUUGCUGGCUUCUUUGCCUUUACGGCAUUAUUUGUUGCUAUAUGAUAGAACCAUACCUUUCCACAGUCUGUGGAAACCUAAUGCUUGAGAAUGUUUUGUCUAGAAUGCUGCAAUCCUUUAGUUAAUUCUGCUGUACACUUUUCUGUAAAUAAAUACCAUUUUUAUGUUUCAGUCAACGAUUCAUUUCUCUCCCCCAGAAAGGUUAAAUAUGCAUAGCCAUUAGGAUUCGAGAUUUUAUUGAUUCCUUCCAGAUGCUGACAUGUAUGGAGUCAAAGUGUUAAAAAGAAAUGCCAAAAGUGUCUGGUCUUCAUUCUUAUUUAAAUGUUUUUUAAAAACUAAUAUUUUUGAACAUCUAAAUAUUUGUAGUUUAGAUGUCAUGUAAACUCUUCUGUAUAAAAUCCUUUAUUCCAGUGGACACCAUGGUAAAAAGAAUCCCUGAAAUGAGGAAACUGGUGCUGUAUAUUGAAGUGUAUUUUCCUCUAUAUUUCAUCUUCUUUAGCAAAUGGAUUGCAUUAUUAUUUUUUAUGCUAGGAAUUUAUUAUAAAGAUUACAGGUGCCAAUAAUUCGGUUGUUGCAAUUCAAAAAAUUGAAGGCAAGUUAUUUGAGAAUACUCAUUUCUGAGAGAGCAUGGAUGCAUUGUUAUACCUACAUAUGGAUGUUGGCGAGUGAGAGUGUGGUGCAAGUUUGUCGAUUCCCACUAUGUCAAGUGUUAAUAUAUUGAAAUAUAAAGUUUUCAUAACUGACAGAUUUAUAAGAGUUGUCUGAGCUUAAGACCACGAAGACCGAACAAUUGUUUUUAAAUAUAAAAAUGAGCACUUUUUUCCAGAAAGAUAUUAAGCACAAGUCAUAUAAAAUUCUGCACAAAGCUGACUGGUUGAUUGCUGCUCGUAUAUGCGCAACGUGCCUUAUAAUCUUCUGGUUUUGCAACGUUUUUAUAUAAUAUGGAAAUCAUCUUAUUUAAAUAAAAUAUGACAAUCAGAA